AUCGGGGCGUCUCCGCCCGUAGCCUUCAAAGAGGGCGGCGGUGACAGAGCGGCUGCCUCUCCCGUCCCGUCCAAGCCCGUCCCAGCCCGUCCCGGCAAAAGACCAGAGCCAUGCUGCACUGGGGAUACGAUGAGCACAACGGGCCUGCCCACUGGAAGGAGGUUUUUCCUGUCGCUAAUGGAGACCGCCAGUCACCCAUUGACAUCAAAACUGAGGAAACCAAGUAUGAUCCCUCUCUCCGUCCUCUAAAUCCAAAUUAUGAUCCAGCUUCUGCUAAAAUCAUCCUUAACAACGGGCACUCCACCAGUGUUGAGUUUGAUGACACUGUCAACAAAUCAGUGCUGACUGGGGGGCCACUCAGUGGGACCUACAGGCUGCGCCAGAUCCAUUUCCACUGGGGGUCCAAUGAUGAAGCCGGCUCCGAGCACGCAGUGGAUGGGAUGAAAUAUGCUGCAGAGCUUCAUGUGGUCCACUGGAACGCAGAAAAAUAUUCCAGUUUUGUUGAGGCAGCUCGUCAGUCAGAUGGAUUAGCAGUCAUGGCUGUAUUUCUGAAGAUUGGUGAAUGCAACCCUCAGCUGAAGAAGAUUACAGACCGCUUGGACACCAUCAGAAUCAAGGGUAAAAAAGCACUGUUCACGAACUUUGAUCCCAGCUGUCUGCUUCCCAAGUCCCUGGACUACUGGACUUACUUUGGCUCUCUCACUGUUCCACCUCUUCUUGAGAGUGUCAUCUGGAUUGUCCUGAGAGAGCCCAUAAGUGUUUGUUCUGAACAGCUCGCCAAAUUCCGCAGCCUCCUGAGCACGGCUGAGGAUGAGGUCGCCUGCUGCUUGCUGAGAAACUUCCGCCCUCCCCAGCCCUUAAAGGGAAGAGAAGUCAGAAGGAAUUAAAGGAGUGAAGCCAGAGUAGUCACCCUA